AUUUUCCAUGAAGUACACAUCACUGGGGGUCGGCUGCUGGAUGUUGGUACCGGUCCUACUGUUCACUCAGUUAUCAGCUCAAGUCGACAUGUCGAUGAAAUCUACCUCAGUGACUACGCCGAACAAAACAGAAAUCUGCUCACUGACUGGUGGAAAUCAGGAACGAGACCGCAAGCCGGAAUAAUGGAAUAUGUGAUAAAGAAAGAAAACUCUAAUGAAUGUGCCUCUAGCAGACAAAACAGCAUUCGGAACAAAGUACGUGGCAUCUUAAGUAUUGACGUACAUUUGGAAAAUCCCCUUGGAAACAAGUUUGGGUUGGAUUAUUUUGACGUCAUCAUUUCGAGCUUGUGUCUCGAAGUUGCCUCAGAAUCAUUAGAAGACUACACGAGAGCGAUGAGGAACAUGUGUGGCCUGCUUAAACCGGGAGGACACUUAGUCCUUGUUGGUUUAUGUGGACAGUCGUUCUAUCAGGUCGGAGACAAGACCUUCAGUAGCCUCCCUUUGCGACUUCACCAGGUUGAGGAUACUCUUGAGCACCUGGGAAAUAUUCUUUUGAGCAUGCGCUGGAUCAAAACACAGGAGAGUAAAUUCAGUGACACAAAAGGCGCUUUUGUUAUUGUUGCUCAAAGGAGCAAAAAACCCUGAUGUUAACAAUAAACCACUACCAAAUUAUGUAGCUGUGCAUAUAGGUAGCUACAACCAUUACAUGAUUGAUCGAGACUCGGGAGGGAGAGCCGACAUAGUGACAUUAACUCAUCGGUGGUGCACUCGUAAAAGAUGUUAAAAUAUUAGCCACAUUCAUGAAAUUUCAGAAACGUAUUUCCUUUGAAGUUCGUAAUCAUUUUGAUGCACUGUAUUGGCUUAAAAAACAACAACGCCGCAAAUAAAUGUUUCUAUUACAUCAGUAGGUGUUGAUUCAAAAAGAAUUAAUUUAACCAAUCGAUGAUGAAAUUGAAAAAAUGAAAGAAUAUCGAAGGAUAUAAAUUAGGAGCCUGUAAAAUGAAGUAUUACACUUCAUCGAGUCAUGUCUGAUCCAUCGGCAACUUGUGUUUCGUGCUUCCGUGUUGUUUAAUGUUCAUAUAUAUACGUCACUCCCGGGGCAGCACCCGCGGGCCAGUUCCAUUCUACUUGCUGGUCGAGGAACUUUUCAAGGAGGCCACCGCUAUUCCUCUAUAGGUCAGGAUGAUAACGGAGGGAAAGCUGAGACGAUUACAACAAAGGUGCAGGGACAGUAGGUUCGGCCUUGGAGAUCUUACAGGAGGCAGAUGUCGACUAGCAGGCUUCUCCGAGAGUGCUCCUUUCUGUUAUAGUGUUCCGUCAUCUACCUAACUACCUGUGUUCAUUUACAUACUAAAAGUAUAUAGAACAUUGCAUAGGCUCUAUAUUAGAUAUUACAUAUUUCAAUAUUCAGUAUAUUUGAUGAAAAUAAAUUGUCCAACGAAGUAGUUUCUUUAAACAUUGUUGAAUAUUAGUGUAAUGCGAUUUAUGUCUAAUAAAUUAAAAUAUAGUGUAUUA